CGUAAUGAGGUGGCCUUUGUUGUCCCUGAAAAUCUGGGCACCACGACGAUGGUUUUAGAGACAGAAGUGUCAUUGCAUUAGAACUAAUUAGCUGUCAACGAGUUUACAUGUGUGUGCAAGAUGGAUCCAGGGGAUACAGAUUGGGGAGGCUUAAAUUUGACUGAACCGAAUGAGGUUGACUCAAUGAUUGAUGCUUAUCAGAAGAAUGAUGUUACUACAAUAGGAUCUGCAGAUGUCCGCUCUGACACAGUGUAUGAUAACACUUCCAUGGGGGUUGAUGAUGACUACAUGAACACAUUGGUGUUGUAUGAUGGCUACGACAGCUACAAUGAGAGUGGUGAGAGCUCAGAGGAGGAUGAGGAGAGUCAAGGGGAUUACUUUUCCUCCUUUCAGGGAUUCACACAGUCAGGCUUCAGUAAACCCACACAGUUCCGCUUCAUGAACGGGAAGGAUGGCAUGGCAACAUGUGAGAAGUGUGGCACAGUUGGUAUCAAACAUGCUUUCUACUCCAAGUCGAAGAGAUUCUGCAGCUUGUCCUGCUCUCGAAGCUUUGCAACGGCCCGCAGAGAGGGCAAACCCUCACCUCCACCAUACAAGGAGGAGCCCCCACCAAAGAAACUUCACGUCUUGGCUAGCAAAGGACGACAGACCCCCAAGAAGCAUUCAAAGCAAAGCAUUGGACAUUCUCAGAAGUCUCCUGCAAGAUUUGACUCGUUCAGAGUAUUUGACUGGGGUCCGUACCUCGUCUCCACCGGAUCCCAGGCUGCACCUGUCAGUUGCUUCAAACAUGUACCAAUGUCUGACUGCUGGGAUCAGAUGACUGUGGGGAUGAAGGUGGAGGUUGCCAACAACGAUAGCGACGUGGCCUGGGAGGUCUACUGGAUAGCAACUGUCAUCAAGAUAGCAGGGUACAAGGCACUGAUGAGGUACGAAGGGUUCAGCAGCGACUCAUCCAAGGACUUCUGGCUGAACCUUUGCACCCAGGAUGUGCACCCAGUGGGUUGGUGCGCCACCGUAGGGAAACCCCUUGUCCCUCCCAAGACAAUUCAACACAAGUGUUCGGACUGGAAAGAUUUCUUGGUGAAGAGAUUGACUGGAGCACGAACAUUGCCCAAUAACUUCUACAAUAAGGUAUUGGAGAGUAUGGAGAACCACAAGUUCCACCGAGGAGUCCAGGUGGAGGUGGUCGACAAGAUGUGUGUGUCUGCCAUGCGGGUUGCCAUCGUGCAUGAAGUGAUUGGCGGGCGUCUACGGCUAGCUUAUGUUGACAAGAGAGAUGAGAAUGAUGAGUUCUGGUGUGACAUGAAGUCUCCACUCAUCCAUCAUGUGGGAUGGGCCCAGCGAGCAGGACACAAGCUUCAUGCCACUCCAGAAUACAAGGCAGAGUGUUUGACCAAGAUAACGAUGCAGAAGUUUCACCCCGAUGAUUCCAUGCCGGACAUGUUUCCCAAGACAAGUGAACCUCCUCAUGGAUUGAAGUUCCAGGCCGGGAUGAAGCUGGAAGCCAUUGACCCUCUCAAUCUCUCCACUAUUUGUGUUGCUACUGUUAUGAAGUGUCUACGGAAUAACUUCUUGAUGAUUGGAAUUGAUGGCUCCAUCGCCCAGAACGGAACUGACUGGUUCUGCUACCAUGCCUCAUUGAUGGCUCCAUCGCCCAGAACAAAUCCAUGUGUAGUAUUCUUCCCUGUGGGCUUCUCCCAAGUCCAUGUGUAGUAUUCCCCACCUGGAGGUCAUAAAGGCCCCUUCAAGUGGUUUGACUACUUGAAACACACAAAAGCUGUUGCAGCCCCGGUGAAGCUGUUUGAUAAGGAAAUUCCCAAACAUGGAUUCAAACCAGGAAUGAAGGUUGAAGCUGUGGACUUGAUGGAACCAAGGCUCAUCUGUGUUGCCACGGUGACGAAGGUGGUUGGCCGACUGAUGAAGAUCCACUUUGAUGGUUGGGAGAAUGACUAUGACCAGUGGGUGGAUGCCCAGACUCCGGACCUCUACCCCGUUGGUUGGUGCGAGAUCAUGAACUACCCUCUGGAAGGACCCCGCAUUAAAACUGAACAGGUCUUGGCGCCGUCCCCACCCAUUCCAAAAAAGAAGAGAGGCAAGACGCAGAUUUACAAGGGACCCAGGAAGAAGAGGAAAUCAAAACCACUUGGAAAGCCUCUGCCGCCAAACUUUAAGUUUGUGUCAUCUUUUGGAGAUGAAGAUGAUGUAAUCUGUCCCCCCCAUGUACCACUCCCCCCGGAGACUGUUGCCGCUACGUUACCCCCCCUGCUGGACCCCUCAAACCCCAGUGAGCUUGUAAAGCCACCUACAGUCAAGACAGAAGGGGUGGAUACACCUCAGUUAGGGGCAGUGGAGGUUCCCCCUCCCAUCCUCAGCCCGAAUGGUCCAGGUGAUCACACCCCUUCCCCAGCCACCACAACGGUCAUGCCAACCCUCACACAAAACUUGGCCCCAAGGGCAGAUAACUCUAACAAGGAUGAUGGUGCAGCUCAUCCCAGUGUAGAACCUGGGUCCACUCCAGUUCUCCUAACAACAGUUGAACCAAAGUAAUUCCUGAUGCAAAAUGAGGAUGCAUUUGUUGUUGGCGAACAAAUGUGAAAGUGUGACCCUAAGCUGUGCCCAUCUGUGAUUCCACCACAGCAAGUCAUCUCACAUAAUACAUUACUGUACAUAUGUCGGAGAAUCAUCUCAUUCAUAAUAUCAUAGAAUCAUGAUAGCAAAUGAGUCAGUUCCCUGUCUUGUUUCAUCUAUGUCUCACUGAAUCAAGAUCACUCUGGACAUGUUUCGAAUGUCAAGGGUCUCGGUAUGAGGCCGACCUGCAGAAAGUCAGCCAAUCAACAGUACUAUGCAGGAAGAUCCUACAGAAGAUCACUUGUCUCUAUCCAUGUGUGAAGAGGACAGGACCAUAGUAACUGUCCUUUCAAAUCUAACGAUGGUUACAAAUUACUGAUGUAUUCCUCUCCACAAAGUUUACCGAACCCAAGUCAACAGGCCUCAGGAGACCACCAGUAGCAUAUGAAGGAAGUGCAGAUGUCGUAUGCCACAUACACUGUUGUGGACUGCCCACCAUGCUGGCUUACUUCAUGCAUUGACAGAAUAAUCAGUGCCAGGAUGUCAAGAUUACCCGCGAUAUGAAUUACAUUUUCUUCAAGAAUAUUUUAUGCCCAUCUUUGAAGCUGUGUUGAUGGACAUUCUGCUGCUGCUGAAGCAGGCUGUGGGAGUACAGUCGUCGUCGUCGUCGUCAUGACAGGAUGGAGAGAAGCUGCGGUGUCUUGUCAUACAUAGCAGAUCUGUCUCAGUGAUUCAGUAUUUUUCCUCAGUCACUUGUUGUUAACAGGGCGGUGGUCACCAUGGCAACAAACCAAGGCAUGUGCUGAAACGCAUUGUGUGAAUCUGACACGUGUUGUGAAGAGUGUCGGAUGACAGAGCUCCAGAUAAGAUUUAGCUCAUGUGGGUACUGUACCCACUGUAUUUUUUUGGAGUGGGUAUUAUGAAUGUUGAAUGGGUAUUUC